CAAAUCACAGUUUUAAUAUUUAAUAACUAGGAAUAUUAUGUUGUGUGACAAAAUGAGGUAUAAUUUUCCUAUAGUCGGCAUUGUAUUGAUUUUGAUCCUACUAUUUUCAAUGAAGACAGAACUCAGGACAUCAUUAUCAGCAAUUGCAUUUGGCAUCAACACAAAAACAAGCGCUUCAGUACUUGAAUAUACACUUCAAGCGGAGGCCAUGACUGACUUAGACCCAAAUACUUUUCGAUGUGAAGUUCAUGACAUGGGAUGCUUUAUUUUGGUUCCUCCAAGUCAAAAAAUAUUUGGAAAAAAACACCCUAAAAUUACAGAUGUAAAAUUUGACGAAGAGACACUAAAAACAAGAGAAAUUUGCAUAAACAGUUGUUUUCAGAAGCAAUAUACUUUGUCAGCAAUAAACGCAGCACAGAAUUGUUGCAUGUGCAGCACCGGAUUUGAGGGAUUUAUUUCUAGCAGAGAAAUAAAAGCUGAUACAAGUUUUGUUAAAGCUGAAAAAUGUAGAUCGUCAAGUACCUUCCACGUCUAUAGCAAAAUUAGGGAUUGUGAAAAGGGGGUGUCAAAAGAAUCGUUGCAACAAAAUAGGGUGGGUUGCUUGGACAUACCAAAAACAUUGAAUCAAUUUAUGAUUGCAUUUUCAUCCCCCCAGUUAUCAAUAGAGCAAUGCAUUUUGAAUUGCGAAAUGAGAAAGUACACUUUUGCAAUACCUGUUAAACAAAAAGGUAUUUGUUUGUGCUCGGAUUCUUAUUCAUUGUAA